AUGGCAAUGCCGGGCUGGCUUCGCUGGCACUGGCAGUGGCUUGUUUCAGGGCUUCUAGUUGCGCUGAUGGUGAUCCUGUACUUUGUUUCGACCCUCCUUGCGUGCUGUGUUCUUGUGGCCUGGAUCUAUGUCGUGGGCCACAAAAUGAUGAUGAACCAAGCAUAUCCCUUUUCCCGUCCACUCGGUGCAACUAUUGUGGUUUUCAUGUUGCUAGGUACCACCCUCGUCACGCUCAUCCCAUGGCUUUUUUUCGGUGGGCGAGACGAGUGCGGGUCAUUUGACCCAACCAUGAAGACGCAGUGGGGAUAUGAUUUUGAGGACUGGUGGACACUGCUGCACUUCCAGAUGUCGGUCAACUGGUUCAUGGCCAUUGCCCUCUCGUGUUUGAUCUUAGCCGAUCAUCCACCUUCCUGCUACGUGCGUGAAUCCAUCCGAUGCGUUGUCUUCAUGUUCCUGGGCAUGCUUGCGAAAAACACGAGGACCGCUCUAUACUGCUGCCUCGGCAGCGAUGAGGAUGAGGAUGGUGUGAGGGACAUGGUUCCUGAUGCAUUGAUGCCAGCGACUUAUGCAAUUGCGGCAUCACUCCUGAGCGACAUUUGGUGCCUUCAGCUGGUGGUGGCACGUCUGCGAGCACUGCAGGACGCAUAUGGCGAGCCUUUGGGUUGUACUAAGCUCAUUCGCUGGGGUGCGAACCUCCUAGUUUUCUGGCUGUUUGUGCUCUCGGCGUGCCUUUUCAUCUCGACGAUAGCUACCCUGGUGACGAGUCUUUGCUGCGUCUUGGGCCUGGCAGCUCUAGGAUUUCUGAUCUGCCGUGCUUACUCAGUGCCACUGCAAGUGUUGCGAGCUUCGAAGAGAGGCACGAAGGAAGGGCCAAGUGGGCCGCAUGGAGUGUCGAAACAGCUGGAGCAGGAAGCAUCUUUCGCCAUCUCAGUGAUCAUCCAAGCGCAGGUUGCCACCCUCCUGGCAAACUUCUCCAUGAUUUGGCACUUAACCAGUUGGGCCCUGACUUACGUGCUCCCUACCACGUUUAUCAACCAUACCUUUGAGUAUGGUGGGCUGGCUGACACUGUGGGAAACACGAUAGGCAUCCUGCUACUGAUCAACAGCUCCCUUCGCCUCCCUCACUGCGGAAAGCAUUUCAGGGCGAAGCUCGCGGACCCAUCAGAGCAGAGCGCAGCAAGAGACGUCGAGGAGGAUGCUGCGUGCCAAUGUGGGCGGCACCUUGCUACCAAGGUGCUUACGGCUUUCGACGACGCCGCGCUCUGCGAGCGCUGCGCUUGGGAGCAGAAGGUUCAGGAGUUGGCUGGUCGGAGGAUCACAACAGCACAGCUCUUGGAUUUUCAUGCCCGCCUCGGGAGAAGGCACAAUGCUCGGGCUCUCCCGACUCUGAUGCCUCACUUCGACCCAGAGAGAUCCACGACCAACGACGUAGUGCGGCAGGCCAUCAUCCCGGAGUCUCGACUCGAUGAUCAGGGCAGCUCCUUGGCCGAGCUCUUCCAGCUCCGAGCAACUCGGGAGAAGUCGCUUCCAAAGGUUUGGCCGCUGCAGACGGGGGGUCAAAACGCCACGGCCCCGAAAGCCCCCCGGAUGGUGACCCACCACUGGGCCAACCGCUUCCGUGACCUCGUGGCCGUGGUCUUGGCCGAUGGCCUUGGCCUGAGGCGCUGGGACCAGUUGGCAGAAGAGCUGUCGAAAGGCCAGGAGGAAGAGAUCAAAGCCCGGUUGCACGCCCGAGGAUCCCUUGGCCUUGAAUACUGGAUAUGCGCCUUCUGCAUAAACCAGCACGCUAGCAUUUGCGGAAGCUCCAUGGGCGUUCGCGACACUGUCACUGGCGAUGUCCUGCCCUCUUGCGACUGUGUCACGCCGAAGUUCUUCAACGACACGCCGAUUCAGUGUGAGCUCAACAAGUUCGAUGACAUGAUGGGGCACCUGCAUCGACGCUACAAAGAGAGCUUCCUUCAGGUGGUGGCCGUUGACAAGGACUUCCAGGUCUUCUCGAGGGCCUGGUGUGUGGCUGAGCUGAUUGAGGCCAACAGUUGCCAAUUGGACCAGCGAGUGGUCCUCCAUUCGCCCGAAGCGUUGGAGCAACACUCUGGGCAGCUGGGUUCACUGAAGGUGGAGAACUGCUCAGCCUCCCGGGCCGAAGACAAGCAGGCCAUCCUCUCGAAGAUCGGCGGCGCCACAGAGAUAGCGCAGUUCAAUACCGGACUCCAAAACCUGCUGGUGGGCUCUAAGGGACUUCUGGCAGGCUGGUUGGACGGCCAGCAGCUCUUGCAGGAGGUGGGUGCCAUUGCGGCCCGCGCGCGAGCCCGUCAACGAGCCAGGGCCACGUUCCUAGAAGAUCCAGGGGAAGCAGAAGAAGAUUUUGUUUCGGUGUAA